UCCCACAGCUCUCUGAUGACACCAGACAGCACAGCGAGGCUGAUAGCACAGAGCUGACCCGCUGCAUCCUGCUGCAGGCCCGGAUCUGCCCAGAGGAAGCAGUCCUGUUUCUGCGGUUGCAGCUGGGCAAUGAGAGGGAGGCUGGACGCGUGGCAGCCCUGGGUCUGCUCAGUGCUCUAGCUUGCUCUGAUGAGCCUGUGAUGACGGAGAAGCUGCCCCAGGUCGCAGAGGCUUUGCAGUGCGUGUGCAGCGACCCCAGGAUCCAGGUGAGGAAGGCCAUUUUGCGUUUCAUCGAGGACCUGCUCAGCACCGAUGCCCAGAGCUGCUCAUCCUGGGACGUAGUGGGGCAUAUCUUCAAUGAGUUCAGCCGCAGCACGGGAAGAAGGGCAGCUGGAGUCCUUUCUGCCCAGGAGGCCCAGGAAGAAGGAGCUCUGCAAGAGCAGUGCAUGAGCAUCCUGGGAUCGCUGGAUUUCUCAGUGAGAGGAAUGACCAAACUCCUGUGGCCGCGGCUGCUGCUCUAUGUGGUUCCAGCUCAGUACACGGGCAUGCUGAUCCCGAUCUCCCGCUGCAUCCAAAGCCUGGCUGAGAGAGAGGACCUGGCAGCGCGGGAGGUAGGAGAGCUGGAUCCACACUUCCUCAGCUCCGUGUUUCAAGGCCCCCUGCUGACUCCCCAGACGCUGCUGGUGCGCCUGUUGGUGAGUAGAUGCUCCAGGGGCCGGUGUCACAAGCCCCGAGGAGGAAGCAGCAUGGCCGAGAGCGCCAGUGUCCACCUGAGCCCCGGGGCUGCCAUUCUCUUCCCAGGCUCGCAGCACCAUGGGAAAAGUUGUUGGUUGCUCCUUGCCUGCCAGG